AUGAUUAUCUUCAGACCCCCACACCCAAUGAUGAUCUGUGAUGGAGAAAACAUGGUGUCCUGUACAGUCAUCACUAAGACCUCCGCUGUCCCCCCCAGCAUCACUAAGACCUCCGCUGUCCCCCCCAGCAUCACUAAGACCUCCGCUGUCCCCCCCAGCAUCACUAAGACCUCCGCUGUCCCCCCCAGCAUCACUAAGACCUCCGCUGUCCCCCCCAGCAUCACUAAGACCUCCGCUGUCCCCCUCAGCAUCACUAAGACCUCCGCUGUCCCCCCAGCAUCACUAAGACCUCCGCUCAUCACUAAGACCUCCGCUGUCCCCCCCAGCAUCACUAAGACCUCCGCUGUCCCCCCCAGCAUCACUAAGACCUCCGCUGUCCCCCCCAGCAUCACUAAGACCUCCGCUGUCCCCCCCAGCAUCACUAAGACCUCCGCUGUCCCCCCCAGCAUCACUAAGACCUCCGCUGUCCCCCCCAGCAUCACUAAGACCUCCGCUGUCCCCCCCAGCAUCACUAAGACCUCCGCUGUCCCCCCCAGCAUCACUAAGACCUCCGCUGUCCCCCCCAGCAUCACUAAGACCUCCGCUGUCCCCCCCAGCAUCACUAAGACCUCCGCUGUCCCCCCAGCAUCACUAAGACCUCCGCUGUCCCCCCCAGCAUCACUAAGACCUCCGCUGUCCCCCCCAGCAUCACUAAGACCUCCGCUGUCCCCCCCAGCAUCACUAAGACCUCCGCUGUCCCCCCCCAGCAUCACUAAGACCUCCGCUGUCCCCCCCCAGCAUCACUAA